CUCAUCAGCAUGGAGAUUGGAAUGAAGAGGAGUAGGAGCACAUCAGUUUGUUGGCUGUGCAGAGGCCACGUCAGCGCCCGGCUCCUGUCCUGAGGCUGUCGAUCGGCUUCCUCCCCUCUCCACCGCCGGAACGUCCGGCGCCAAGCCCACGCCAAUACGCCACCCAAAAUUCUACCUCUACCAGUGGCCUCCUUUGCCCUCUGCUCUCGCUCCCUCGCCUCGCUGACCGUUACGCAGCGCACGGUACGCCCGCCAUGCACGCCUCGGCCUCGGCAGCAGCCGGCGCUAGGUAGCUAGGCACCGCCGCACCGACCGAUGCGGCCGGCGGGGCCGCCAACGAAGCCGGCCGCCGGCGCCGUGGCGGUCCAGGCCAGCAGCAGGCGUAGUAGCAGGAGGCCCGGCGCCGCCGUGCUGAGGAUGCUGCGGGCGCCGGCGGUGGUGGCGCUGGCGGCGGCGCUCGCGGUGUCGUCGUCGCCGGGGCCAGGGCCAGGGCCGGCGUCGGAGCCGCUGUGCAACCUCCCGCCGACGCUGUCCGGCGAGGACGGCGGCGGGCGGCAGGGCGAGGCGAACAGGAUCCGGCACCCCAAGUCGGACCGCGCGGCGCGGUGCACGUCCAAGUGCGUCAGCACCUGCGUCCUCGGCGGCUACGGCGCGCCGGGCGUCGCCGGGCCCUUCAACAUCCGGAGACCAUUGGUGGUGUUCAAGGACACCUUCCGAAGCCGGCAGUACUGCUUGGUGGAGUGCUCGGACAUCUGCAAUCUACUCAAAGACGGCGAAGAUGACCAGUGAAAGUAUAGUGAACACAACAAGAAGGCAAGCUCUCUUGCAUUCCAUGGUGUGCGGACCUCAGUCCUCAGCUAUGCCGGAAAUGGAGACUCAGGCCGGCCGGGUCAUGCUCAGCUUCGAAUUGUCCAGCUCACGCAGCAUGGACAUGGCAUGUGAGGCAGAGUUUUUGUUUCCCCUGUCUAAAUUGAAAGGAGCUAGCUUAGCUAGUAGUACUAAUUAAGUACUACUCUCCAUCAUCGGUCCAUCCGGUCAAAAGAAAACUCACACAUUUGACUUUGCAUGGUCUUCCAAGCGUAUAUUUGAUCACUACGUACUCUACUACUCCAUGUUUAGGAGUAGUUUCUUGUAGAAUGUGUUCUUAGUAGAAGCCUUCAAUUUUAGGAGAUAAUGUAAGUAUUUUCAAUAUAAAUCCACAUAUGCUAUUUUUUCCCUCCAUGUUUCUAAACUAAACAAAAUGUAUAUAUGCUUGUAAUUUUUCAGGUUUAGACCAAUAAUAUAUUUUUUUCAAAUA